AUGAGCCCGGGAGGAGACGAGAAAGUUGGAGACCCCAACGUGUACUCAGAAGGGACCUCCACAUGCCAGGAUGAGGAGCGAGGACGUGCCUUCUCAAAGUUUGAUUGGGAGUUCACUUCUGGCGAGCUUCGAAUCGCAAACGGAGGGAGGCACGGCUCCACCAAGUGCGUACUUUCCGGUCCAGAGUCCGUCCAGAAGCCCUUGAGCAACACGCCGUCCCCGGGCGGUACAGCUUGGCCAGUGGUAAAAAUAACGCAAACUCCCAGGAGUCCGAACGACAUAUAUGCGCCAUGGUGUGACUUUGUGAAGGAAACUGAAGGUAUGACUUCAAAUGACGGAGAUCUGAACCAGAACAAGGGAAACGUGUUAGAGAGCCAAGCCAGUCUAACUGAGAUAAGGCAGUGGAAUGAGAACACAAAAUCCAUUCUAUUCGCAGAAGUCAUAGCAUCGAUAAGGUGGGCAUCCAGUCGAAGAAGGUACCCUUAUCAUUGCCGAGGUAGAUGUCCUGGAUUGGAGGGCAUAAGACACGCAAACCUUCGCAUCCUGGCCGCCGGUUCCGGUGGAUUCUAUUCCAUCGGAGCGAGAUAA